AUGGCGUCUGUGACUGCCUUCUCCGCCUCUUCACUUAACAUCCCCAAGGCUGUUGCUACUGCAGUCAACAAGAGAGUCAUAACUUCCUCAUCAAAGAGCACAUCUCAGUGCCUUGCUACAGACACCACAUUUAGGCUUGGCCUAUCGGCUAGGCUGGUUGUGACCAUAUUUCUGGCACGGGAAGCCCUGAAGUGGCUCAGGCACAUAACAUCAACAUCAACGCAAACAACCAUUAUCUCCUCAACUCCAAAUGAAGCUCUGACAACAACACUAGCCUUUACUAACACUGAGGCCCCAACGACUACUAAAGCUGCUACAGCCAAUGUAACUCCUAUUGCCACUGAGGUCACAACAAUCACUAAACCUCCCACAACCACAAUAGCUCCUACUACCACUGAGGCUCCAACAACCACUGAAGCUGCCACAACCACUGAGGCUUCAACAACCACUGUAGCUCCAACUACCACUGAGGCUCCAACAACCACUGCCACUACCACUGUAACUCCUACUACCACUGAGGCUCCAACAACCACAGAAGCUCCCACUACCACUGAAGCCCCAACAACCACUGAAGCUGCCGCUCCAACAACCACGGAAGCUGUCACAACCACUGAAGCUCCUACUAACACUGAGGCUCCAACAACCAUGGAGGCUGCCACAACCACUGCCCCAACAACCACUGAAGCUGCCACAACCACUGUAGCUCCUACUACCACUGAAGCUGCCACAACCACUGACGCCCCAACAACGACUGAAGCUGCCACAACCACUCUCCCACUACCACUGAAGCUCCAACAACCACUGAAGCUGCCACUACCACUGAAGCUCCUACUACCACCGAGGCCCCAACAACCACGGAAGCUGCCAAAACCACUCUGCCACAACCUCUCUGACACAACCACUGUAGCUCUUACUACCACUGGGGCCCCAACAACCACUGAAGGUGCCACAACCACUGGCCCCAACGAGGCCCCAACAACUACUGAAGCUGCCACAACCACUGUAGUUCCUACUACCACUGCAGCUGCCACAACCACUGUAGCUCUUACUACCACUGAAGCUGCAACAACCACUGUAUCUCCUACUAUCACUGAGGUCCCAACAACCACUGAAGCUCCCACUACCACUGAAGCUGCAACAACCACUGUGGCUCCUACUACCACUGAGGCCUUAACAACCACUGAAGCUCUAACAACUACUGUAGCUCCCACUACCACUGAUGCCCAAACAACCACUGAAGUUGCCACAACCACUGUGGCUCCUACUACAACUGAGGCCCCAACAACUACUGAAGCUGCCACUACCACUGUAGCUCUUACUACCACUGCAGCUGCCACAACCACUGUAGUUCCUACUACCACUGCAGCUGCCACAACCACUGCCUUAACAACCACUGAAGCUCUAACAACUACUGUAGCUCCCACUACCACUGAGGCCCCAACAACCACUGAAGCUGCAACAACCACUGUACCUCCCACUACCACUGAAGCUGCAACAACCACCGAAGCUGCCACAACCACUCUCCCACUACCACUGAAGUCUCAACAACCACUGAAGCUGCCACAACCACUCUCCUACUACACUGAUGGUCCAAUAACCACUGAAGCUUCCACAACCACUGUAGCUCCUACUACCAUGAAGCUGCCAAAACCACUGUAG